UCCUGCGCACACGUGAUCCCAUUUGAACUAAUCAGUAGGCUGUAUUGUGCAGCCGUUGGACUGCAAUGGCGGAGACAAUGAAGCUGAGUGGAAAUCAAGCUCCUCCUAAUGAAUCCAGCAAAAUGUCCAGCUACAGGGACUGCAUGUCUGCAUUACUGAAGCAUUUGUCCGACUUCGGGAAAGAGCUCAAAUUAGGUGAUGCUGCUCUAAGAAUAGCAGUCAACAUCGAUGCUGUGGGUCUUCCGUCAUCUCCAGAUGCUCAUGUGUACAGCUGUUUGCAGGAGCAUAUCACUAAAUUACAGGUUGUUUCAGAAAACUUAAAGACACUGGUAGAUGCUCAUGGUGCUACAUCAUCUACAAAAGACAACGCAUCAGACGAUGCUGUCCCCUCAUCGCCAGUCAGAGAGCAGACAACUGCACUUUCUGAGCACUAUCCUCCCAGCCCAGAGGCAGCAGAAAGUAAGACGGCGGCCAAUGACGUCAUGGUUCAGAUCAGAGCCAGGAAGUCAGAGAUUGAGCGAAGAAUAUCUGCAUUUAUGGAACGCAAGCAGAUGGAGAUCAAUGAAAACAAUGUACGGGAGUUUUGCAACGUGAUCGACUGCAAUCAGGAAAACAGCUGUGCCAGAACAGAUGCAGUUUUCACUCCUUAUCCAGGUUUUAAAAGCCACGUGAAAGUUACACGGGUGGUAAACAUUUACGGGCCCCAGACUCGUGGUGGGGGAGGCCAAGGAGAAGCAGGGGAUCAACAGAGGGGGCCAAUGGCAAGAGACUGCGGAAAUGCAGCCAUAGAAGAACGACUUCACAAUAUCGAGACUCACCUAAAACUGCCAACAGCGGGCCCAGUUCCAUUGAGUGUCUACCAGAGACUAAAGAAGCUGGAGGAUCGUAUACUGGAGUUGGAGGGACUCUCACCGGAGUACUUUCAGUCCGCGAGUCACCUGCACAAGCGACCAAGGACAUCUCCUGCUCAAGCCUGCAGUCUGACAGAGCUGGAUGAGAAGAUCACUGCAGUGAAAGCAGCACUACUGAAGAGGGUGAAUGAAUUUGGACCUGGAUAUGGAACAGAGUGUCCACUGUAACAUUGUCUAUUUUUGUGCAUAUGAGCUUCAUUUCACAUCCAGAAAAACUGUAUUCCUCUAAACAGUUUUGUAGUUAGGAGAUAAUAUUGUUCUAUAAAUA